AACCGUCUUCCUAUCGGAAGUGUAGGCCAUCUUCAGGAAUAUAGAAGGGAUUUAAACUAUACAUAGUUAAAAUCUUAUGCUAAUUAUCAUUCUAGCACCUUAUGUAGUUUAUAUGUACAAGAGGAGCAGUCACUUCUUAAGAAAGAGUUGUUCUUGAGCAAAUUGCCUCCGCGACCAACGAUGCGGCCAGGUCUUCAAACGGGGUCUAAAAUGAGAAUGGGCCCUGGAAGAAAACGGGAUUUUUCACCUGUGUCCUGGAACCAUUAUUUUGAAACCAUGGAAGAUAUCAUAGUUACAAGAGGAACAAGUAAAGAUUCUUUUCGAAUGUAUAAAAGUGGAUCUGAUGGGCCUGUCCUUUUGUUAUUACAUGGAGGAGGCCAUUCAGCCCUCUCUUGGGCAGUUUUUUCUUCCAUGAUUAUCAGUCGGGUUAAAUGCAGGGUUGUGGCAGUAGACCUGCGAGGCCAUGGUGAUACAAAAGUUGUAAACAGUGAAGAUCUUUCUGCAGAAACCAUGUCCAGAGACAUUGGAGAUAUAAUUGACACAUUGUAUGGUGCAGAUGCUCCCCCAAUUCUGUUGAUUGGCCAUAGUAUGGGUGGAGCAAUAGCAGUUCAUUCUGCAGUAAAUAACUUUGUGCCAUCUCUUCUGGGUCUCUGCGUGAUUGAUGUGGUAGAAGGCACAGCAAUGGAUGCUUUAAACAGCAUGCAAACGUUCUUACGGAGUCGACCUAAAGUAUUCAGCUCUGUUGAAAAAGCUAUUGAAUGGAGUGUAAAAAGUGGUCAGAUACGAAAUCUGGAAUCAGCAAGAGUAUCUAUGCUUGGUCAAAUAAAACGAUACGAGGAAGAUUCCAACACUCCAGGGAGCUCUCAAUCUCUCGUAGACACUGCUAUUCAUGAAGAGGAGGAGGAGGAAGAAGAAGGAGGAAUUGCAAAGAAGGAGAAAAAAAUUGAACCAAGUAUAAAAGAAGAUAAAGCUGAAUAUACCUGGCGUAUCGAACUAUCCAGAACUGAGAAGUAUUGGGAGGGGUGGUUCAGAGGAUUAUCCAACCUCUUUCUUAGUUGCCCGGUUCCCAAGCUACUGUUACUAGCAGGUGUCGACAGAUUGGAUCGAGACCUCACAAUUGGUCAAAUGCAAGGAAAAUUUCAAAUGCAAGUUCUACCACAAUGUGGCCAUGCUGUACAUGAAGAUGCACCAGACAAAGUGGCAGAGGCAGUUGCAACAUUCAUGAUUCGUAAUAAGUUUACAGAAUCAAAGGGUGACAUCCAAAGCAUUUAUCCCAGUUUUUAAUAGAUCCAGCAGCCUUCAGAUUCAACUUUGACUGCACAAAGCUGCACCAGGGGCCACUGUGAUGUAUCCACAUAUUGCCAUCUGUGUAAUCUGUAAUACAGUGAAGCUGGGACGACAGAACAAUGGAUUCCUCCUCCAAUCCACUCUUAGCCUGCGUUCAUUGAUAGAAUCUGGAGCUGCACAAUGGCUCAAAAGUACAAUCUGUUUGCGAUUCGAAGAUUUAAACAAUUAAAAGGGGAUUGCUUAUUCAGAUAGUGUAUUUUUCUUCUUGCGCAUAUUCUGCUUUAGAUCCUGGAAGUUUUUCCUUUUGUACUGUUGGUUAAAGAUGUAAGAUGUGCUUUGGAGCUACGUGUUUGAGAUAGUAAUUCCUGUGGUUAAAUUUGAGUGUAGUUUAAAAUUGAGUUCAUUAUUUCUUUAGUGAGGUAUUUCCAAAGUCAGAAAUCAAAGGAAUAAAAUAAAACAGAAAUACAAGUGCAGUAUGUAAGACAACUCAACCAAAUAUAAUAAGCUGCUGGAUAUUGUUUUGCAAUUUUAGCCAUCAGAAUGCAAAUACUCUUACUGAGACUUAAAUCUGAUUUGAAGUGAAUUUAGAAUGUGCUUCUGGGAUCAAGCUUUAUUGGCCUUAAUUGUUGAGAAACAAAUGAUUUUGCACAUGUUUUGAUUUCUUUUGUGAUGAGAUAAAAUGUUUAUUUAAACUAGUUUAAUCAAAAUUGUUUAUUUUGAAAUGUGUUUAAAUCAUAAUUACACUAUUGUCUUAAGAUGUUGGCAAAAUACAAGUUAUACUGCAGUUUAUUCAAUAGUGUGCAUUGUAUUCAUCAGGAGUAAUCUCUGCAUGAGGAUGUUCGCUAGUUCUGUACAGCAUUCAGAUUCACAAGAGAUUUUAAAAUAAAUUUAGUACAGUAUAUAUUUGGAAAGAGUUAUCAGAUCCCAUGAGCUGCCUAAGCACUUUUUCCAGCCCACUUUAAUAUGAGGCUGGACUUAUUGUACCAAGUGUGGAAGUGUAAGGGAUAUGACAAAGCUCUCAGGUGACCUGGAAUAGCUCGACUUUCAUGUACAAAACUGCUCUACGUCAAAACAGACUGCAGAAGCAGAAGCUAAAACACUGCAAAUGCUAGUGAUCUAGUGUCUGCUGCAAGUAAUUAGCAAGUCAGGCAACAUCUAGGUGAAGUGUCCUCUGGGAUACUUUGUAUAACUGGAACAUUGCGCUGCUGCAUGUGAACAUUGGUAUCGGCAGUAACAUCAGUAAAUGAUAAUUUAGCUUCCUUUAGAAAGAUUUCUGAAACACUGAUAUCCUGCUUACAAAUCUAAUAAAUUGCUAUGCAAAGUCAGUGUUCUAUUGUAGCUGAAGGAAACAAUAGAGAGGGAGAAAUGAGGCUUCGAGUUAAACUCCUUGGAUCCAAACUCCCAUUCUGGAUUCUAAAGUUACCUCAGUUGCCAUAUUGGAAACUGACUUUGUGUGUCCAAGAUUCUUUGGCUCUUGAAUGUACAAAUUGUAGCCUAAUACCCAAUUUUGGACUCCUCCAAAUUUUAAUUGAAACUGGGCAGAACAUCCACCAUCUACAUUUUCAGGUUCUCCGUUUCUACUGCAGCUCAACCAGCUGUUUUAAAGCACAUCCUCCUGACAUGCAUUUUUCAAUGUAGUACUCUAGUUAAUAUACCAUUGCUUUUUGUAUGACUUGUCUCAGAUUAUGAUAAUACAGGAUGAGAGACCAUUUGAGCAUGUUUAAUAUCUUUCCAGAAGUGCCCUAUGGUGCCUAAUUGAUUCUUAAAUGCUUCCAUGCUUUCUGCUUCUUUCCCCUUUUCUCUGGAAGUUUAGCUCUGUGUUUAGACUGAUGAGAAGUCACAACAUUUAACAUUUCCUCUAUCCACAGAUGCUGCCUGUCUUGUAGAAAGUUUCAAUUUUUAGUUAUGUAUACUUACCUUAUGAAGGUGAAUAGGCCCUUCUGUUGUCAGUUCUAGGUUAGUCUGUUACAAAUUUAACAUGUGAGCCCCAUACUCAAAAUUUAUAUUUUUAACAAUUUUCAACUUUUUAAAUGCUUUGUUGAUGUUUCCAUUCAAGUCUGAGAACCCCAAAGUUAUUUAACUCCCACAAUUGUUUUCACUAAUGGUGAAUGAAGCAUGUUUCCUACAAAAUAUUAGCACAAGUUAUAUAUAUUUUUUUGAAAUAAAAGGGAAAUUAUAUUUUGCAAAUUUGAGAGUGAAUUAUGUAGAGUGACUUCAGUGAGGUAAGAAAUGGGUCUCUUUCUAAAAUUUGGUUUUUUUUGGUCCAACUUGUAAUGUUUUAAUGAAGUUUGAUUUAACUUGGCGAGAAUAAUUAGAAACAAACUGCCCAGUUUAUUUUUUCUUUGCAGUAUUAUUAAUCUCCUAUUUGUAAAAUUGAGAUGCAUUUUUGUUUUAAUCAUUAUUAUCUAGCUCAGUUUCAAGAACAUGAAUCAAAUCCCAGAUCUGUUCUUAAAAAUCUGAUGUGCUAGUUUGCAGUUCCACCUAAUUGCCUUUUUGUGUUUCAAGAAUAGUUCAAUAAUAACAAAGCAUUUUCUAAGAGGUGAUUUAUUUUGUGAAUUGAAGUUUGUUGACCUUCAGGCUUUAACAAUGCCAUGCCUUGUAUUGUUUUCAUUUAGCCAUUUCUUACUCUCAUGUACCUCUACCUGUCAAAUUGUGAAUGAAUAUUAGAGAUAACAAAGGAAAGACAAGGGUACAGUGUGCUGAAAUUAACAGAUUAGUACAGAACAUAUAUAAAACUUUAGCUUUUAAGUUCUUUAAAGGUGAUUGCUAAGAUCUAUCUUGGUUCCUGAAACAAACACACAAUGCCUGUGGACAGAUAUUCAAAAGUACACUUGGAAUUUUUUUUGGAACACGUGGACAAAGUUGAGCUCAAGAUGGAAUGUGUUCAAAGAAGUAAAUUAUUAAUGUGACACUUGAUCCUGCACGUUUAACUGAAUGUUCCUUGAAAAGUGUAUGAGGAUUUUUUUUUUAAACUAGGUUUGAAGAGCAACUUCUUAGCAUCAAAAUUUCUUGCCACUAAGAUAGAAAAAGAAUCAAAUUCUGAACUACAGGGAAGUGUAAAUCUACAAGUUUUUUUUAAAAUCCCUACCAGGUUAGAUCUACACUUCCCUGUAGUUUAGAAUUUGAUCCUUUUCCUGUCUCAGUGGCAAGAAAUGUCUGAACAUGUUUGAAGUUGGAUGAAUUAUUGUGCUCACUGAAUCUGUAUUUUCUCAGGUCUUUGUUUCUAAAUGUCCAAUGCAUUAUGUACCCUGCUUUAGUUCCUUGUGUUAGUGAUAAAAACGAGAUGUACAGAUGAUCAAUGAUUGAAGUAGGAACAUCUUGAUAACAACUGCCUUCAGCAUGCUAUUUCUGAUUUGGAAGACUGCAAUCAGAAAUAAUAGCUGAGAGCAUUUCUGUCGCCUUGUAGGCAAAUGCAUCAUGCUUGAAGUAGCCAGAGUGAUUUAAACAGCAUCCAAAUUGCUCUGCAGACAAUACAAUCAUGCACGUUAGCAUGCAUGAAACUUGGUUAGAUAGGAUUGUAUGCUUAACAUACAGGCAUUGAUUCACAUCUUAGUGGUAUGAGUAACAAUGUGGUUGUCAAGGUGAAUAUAAUCCUUUUUUGUGAAUUUGUCUGGGGUUGUUCAGAGGUGACUUUGUAACUUCAAUCCCAUUAAGCCAGCCAGUAUUUUUGUUCAAUCGUUUGCAAGUGUCUAUUUUUACCAUCUGUCAUCUAAACAAACAUGACUGAAAUAGAUAAAUGUGUGCUCUAAUUUUUUGACUUGGACACACUUUUUCAUUUUUCCUAAAUGUUGGCUGAUGGCAAAUCACUUACUGAAUCAGGAAUUUACCAUUAUGAUGGUCUUAAUGAAGAGCAGAGAAUAGAGCAGAAUUCAAAAUCAGAAUAGAUUCACUCAUAAGUAAGCAUUAGUACUGAAUUGUAAAACAAUCUCAAUACCAUUUAGUUUUAAUAGACAUUUUGAAUGAGAAUUUUCACAUUUCUACCCAGAAAAUUAUAUUUCCAAGAAUUUAAAUAAUUGCUGGAUUUAAUUCAUUCUGUUUCUUGAGAGGAAAUGUAUGAAACCAAUGGCUAAAAUAAAUGUGUUUUUCACUUACACUCCAGGGACCUGUUAAAUAAUUGAAUUUGUAGUUAGGAGUGAAACUAUUGUGGAACUUUAUUUGCUAAUUUAAUUGAACUUGCUGUAAUGAUUAUGCAAGGAAUAAAUUCAAUUCCAGAGUGUUAAAUAUUUGAAUUCUUUACUGAAAAUGACAACUAACUAAACAUUUCAGAAUUAUUUAGUUGGCCACUAGAUGGAGCAUUACACCAGACUAAUGUAAGCACCUGUGUGCAGUCCACAAGAAUGACCCACACUUUUGUUGCCCACCAUCUUAAUUCUCCAUCCCAUUUCCAUUAGGAACUGUCAGUGCAUUUAGCAAUCUUAGAAACAUAGAAGCACAGAAAACCUACAGCACAAUACAGGCCCUUCGGCCCACAAAGUUGUGCCGAACAUGUCCUUACCUUAGAACUACCUAGGCUUACCCAUAGCCCUCUAUUUUUCUAAGGUCCAUGUAUCCGUCCAGGAGUCUCUUAAAAGACCCUAUCGUUUCCACCUCCACCACUGCUGCCGGCAGCGCAUUCCAUACACUCACCCCACUCUGCAUAAAAAGAAACAACUUACCCCUGACAUCUCCUCUGUACCUACUUCCAAUCACCUUAAAACUAUGCCCUCUUGUGCUAGCCAUUUCAGCCUUGGGAAAAAGCCUCUGACUAUCCAAACGAUCAAUGCCUCUCAUUAUCUUGUACACCUCUAUCAGGUCACCUCUCACUCCAAGGAGAAAAGGCCAAGUUCACUCAUCCUCUGUCGCUCCAAGGAGAAAAGACUUGAGUUCACUCAACCUAUUCUCAUAAGACAUGCUCCUCUGCACCCUUUCUAUGGUCUCCACAUCCUUCCUGUAGCGAGGCGACCAGAAUUGAGCACAGUACUCCAAGUAGGGUCUGGCCAGGGUCAUAUAUACCUGCAACAUUACCUCUCGGCUCUUGUAC